AUGAGCAAAUAUAUAUGGCAUGAAAAUGGCUUUUUAAUUUUUGAAGAUUAUAAUUUCGUUAUAUAUACGAGAAGGCAAGGAAACCACAAAUAUGAGAAUAAGAAAAAAGAAUACAUGAACCAUUUUAAUAAUAGUAAAGAAGGUAUAUAUAAAAAUUUUUUGUUUAUUCAAAAUUAUCAUCUUAGUAUAGAUCGAAAUAAUGAAUCAUAUUAUAUAUUUAAAGAAAAGAAAUUUUUCCAAAAGAUACAAAAAAAUAUCAAUUCGUUAAUGUUAUAUAUACAUAAAUUAAAAGAAAAAAAGAAAAUUAGGAAUAUUUAUUUAUUUAUUAAAUUUAUUAGUUCAAAAUGUAUAACUAAAAUGUCUACUUAUUAUUAUAUAAAGUAUAUUAUUGAAAAUAUUUAUGAAUAUAAAUUAGAUGAUUUAGUUCGUGUUGUAUUACCUAUAUAUAAUAUACAUAAAUUAUAUUCAUAUAUUUAUUAUGAAAAUUAUUGUUUUAAAAAUUAUUACAAAGAUAUAUUAUCCAAAAAGGAAAUUAAAGAAUUAAAAAAAGAUUCAUGUUCUUUUAUCCUUCUUAACGAUAAAAAUGCACACAUGGUUUUACCUUACAUGUUCAUUUAUCAAUUGGAUGUGUUAAAAGAUCAAAAAUGUAAAAAUUUUAAAAGAUACAAUCUAUCAAAUAAUAUUAAAUACUUACUAAAUGAUCAAUAUAUUUUUAAUCCAUCAAAUGUUGAUAUAGAACGUUCAAACAAAAAAAGAAAUAAAGACAGAGAGAAAAAAAAAGAAAAAAAAAAAAAAAAAAGAAAAAAAAAAAAAUAUAUUACGAAUAAUUCAACUAGCCAAAUACACAAAAUCGAUCAGGUAAAAAAUUACAAAAAAAAUAAAAAAUUUAUUAAACAUAUAAAAAUAGAGAAAUACAAAAUAAAACAAACAAUACACAAAAAUUUAAAUAAAAGUAACAUAGGUCUAUUUGCAGGAACAUUUGAUAAAAUCCAUCUUGGUCAUAUUCUCUUAUUAUUUUAUUCUAUAUUUUUAACGAAAAAAAUUUUUUAUAUUGGAUUAUAUAAUAAUAAAAAUAUAUAUAAUAAGAAAUAUUCAGAUGAAAUUGAUGAUCUGAAAUUACGAAUUUUUAGUAUAACAGAUAUUUUAUUUUUAGUCAAAAAUGUUUAUCAAAUUAAUUUUAUUUUUCAAAACUUUGAACAUUUAAAUCCUUUCAUAAAAAUAAAAAAUGCACACAAUAUUUUGUAUGAUUUAAUAACAAAGGAAAAGGGUCAAUUCAUUUGUGAAAAUAAAAAGGACAAAUAUUAUCAAUAUGAAAAUGAGAAUUAUUAUGAUAGUAGGAUCAAUAAUAAGAAUUUACAUAAAAAAGAUAGAAAAGAUACUACAAAUGGUAAGGUGACAAAUAAUAAUCAGAGUAACACAAAAAAGCAUAAUCAUAUAUAUAAAAAGAAAUAUGAGUUUAUAAGCAAUAAAGAAAAAAAACAAUUUAUUUCUUUAAUAAAAAAUAAAAUUAAUAUGGUAUAUCCAAAUAUAUGUGUAAAUCAAAAUAUUAUAAAAAAUAUUUGUAAGAAUUUAUAUUUUUAUAUUAAUAAUGACAAUAAAGAUAAAUAUAAAAAUAAAAAUAACAAAAUAAUUGUCCUAAAAAGAAUUCAUGACCCCAUAUCCUUUGCUCUAGAUAUACAUGAUUUAUAUUGUUUAACUAUAUCUAAGGAAUCAGAAAUUAAUGGGUAUAAGCUUGUAAAUGAAAGAAGACGUAUUUUCGCUGCACAGAAAAUGCAAAAAUAUAAUAAACACAUUAGUAAAAAUAAAAAUCUUAUUCAUAUAAAUACAAUAGAAACAUCUCAUGAUAAUAAUAAAAAUAUAUGUUUCAAUAAUAGGUAUGAUCAUAAUAAUAAUAAAGAUAUAAAUAUAUCAUAUUUAUAUGAAGAAAAAACCACUUUAAACAUUUUUGAUACAAUUAAUUUACGAAAUGGAGAAAAAUGUAGCUCAACAUGUGUUAGAAAAGAAAAUUAUUUAUUAAAACAAGCAAACAAAUUUUAUAAAUAUUUAAAAUAUUUUAUUGAAGCAUGUAUAUAUUUUGAUAUUGAUUAUUUUAUUAUUCAAAUGUAUAUAAACUUAUUUCUUCAAAGGAAUGGGAAAAAGCCUUUUCAAAAACAUUAUAUAAAAAAAGUCAAAUAUUAUUUUUGUAAAAUGGAAAUUAAUAAUAAUAAUAAUAAAAAUAAUAACAACAACAACAAUAAUAAUAAUAAUAAUAAUAUGAUGAAAAAGAAAAAUCUUUUUAUUGUUAAUGAUUUUUUUAGAAAUAUAUUUGUUAUAUUAUCCUUUUUUGUCAAUCAUUUUGUUGAUAAAAUUACAGUGCAUAAUCGAAAAUCUCUAUUUAUUAAAAUGGCUUUGGCUAUUUCCUUUUUCUUUUAUAAUAAUAUUAUUUUGUUAAUAAUAAAAAAGAAAGAGGAACUAGUAAAUGAAAUUAAUAACAGGAAUAAAAAAAAAAUAUAUGAUAACAAAAAAAAAACAAAGAAUCCUAAUAAUAUUAAGAAUGAUAAUUAUUAUUAUGAUAAUAACCAACUAAAUUUUAGUCUUGCUAAAAAAAUUAGUAUGUUUGAUAAUCAGGAAGAGAAUAUUUUCAAAAUAUAUAUUACAAAUAUAGAUCAACAUAUAUUUGUAAAAAUAUUAAAUCAGAUACUAGUUUUUACCAUCUUGAUGUUAUCAACAUCUAUUUUGUGUAAAAUGUAUGAAAAUUUUCUAACAACAGAAAAAAAAAAGAAAAAUAUAAAAAAAGAACAAAAAAAAAAAAAAAAAAAAAAAAAAUAUAUAUAUAACUCCUAUACCUUAAUGUGUACAGAUCAUAUAUGUAACAUUAAUAAGAAAAAAUUAUUCUUGUCAAAAAAAUAUUCUAAAAAAAAAAAAAAUUUCGGAGAACAAACCAAUGACAUAUGUGAUCAUAUAAAUAGUGAUUCUUUUAUUGAAAAUAAUAAUUUGUCAUAUAACUUUCAGAAUAACGAAAAAAUAUUAUAUAGCAGUAAGUAUAUAAUUACUCCUUAUAAUUUGUGUAAAUAUAAAUUAAGAUGUUUUUCAAAGAAAAAAUUGGACCACUCCAAAUUCGAUGAGGAUUAUUUGGUAAGCAUAAAAACUAAUAGUGAUUAUAUGUGCACAUCUACCAAUAAAAGAAAAAUCAAAAAAAAUAUUCAUAAUGAAAAUAAUAUGUAUUAUAAUAAUAAUAAUAGUAAAAAGCAUCCUUCUUCUUAUUAUUAUAAUAAUUUUGAUCCUAAUAAAAACUAUAGUAUAACCCCCUUACCGCAUGCAUAUAUAAAUAAUACUUAUGAUUUACCCUUAAGAGAAAGAGAACUUACCUUUAAAGAACAAACAAAAAAAAAAAAAAAAAAUGAUAUAAAAAAUUUUGUGAAGGCAUAUAAUAAAACAAAUGAUUCCAAUGUUGAUAACAGAUUACAAAUUUUCCUUAUGUCACAAAUAAAUAAUAAUAAUGAUAAUAAUAUAUUUUUUUAUAGAAAAAUAUUAAUAUAUGAAUUUCUAGAUAAUUAUUUUAUUUCGUUUUUUUUAUUUUAUUUUUUAAAAUAUAAGGUAACAAAAAAAAAUUAUAAUGAUAUAUUUGAAAAUAAAAAAGAGAGAGAUGAUUUUAUAUACAUAUUAUUAGUACAUUUUGAAAAUCAUAUCGAAAUGAUUAUAAAUAGUUAUAUGAAUAAUAAAUGGUCAUUAAAACGAAAAGAAGAAAAUAAUCCUUUCGAUCUUUAUAAUAAAUAUAAAAAAAAAUAUUCCGUUAUUCAUAGAUAUUUCACUGUAAAAUUAUGCCCACUCAAUAAUUAUAAUAUUGAUUUUGAAAAAAAAUAUGAAUUUAAUAAUAUAAAACAAAAUAAGUUUCAACAUACACCUUUCUAUAUAAACUUAGAACAUUCCAAUAAUUUAAAUGUUAUGUCAUUUUAUAAAUUUAUAUUUCAAAGUAUAUUAAAAUAUGAAAAUUAUUAUUAUCCAUAUUUUUCAUUCCUUAGUGCUUUACAAUUAAAUAUAUACUAA